AUGUCUCGGGAAGGAUUUUGGCCGAUAACUAGUUCCGUAGAUUGGUGUGAAAGUAAUUAUGUGCAUUCCCAUUAUAUUGCAGAAUUCUGGAAUUCUGUAUCAAGCAUUGCUAUGAUAAUACUUGGUGAAGCAGGAGCGAGAAUAAAUCCUUGUAAUAGCUUUCGAUUUAAACUCGCAUUUCGAUUGAUUUCUGUUGUUGGAACUGGGAGUUUUUUAUUUCAUGGAACUCUUACAAGUCAAAUGCAAGCAUUAGAUGAGGUCCCAAUGGUCUGGACAGCUAUAACAUUAUUACAUCCUUUAAUAGAGACUAAUUUUGGUCGUCAGGGAAUAUGGCUUCCCAUCACUCAAGUAAUUUGUGCAAUUUUUUGUACACUCGCGGUGACAAUGGCAAAAGGCACAUUACAAUUUAUUUGCUUUCAUAUUUCAUUUGGGUUAUUAGAAAUUGCUUUAUUGGUUUUAAUGAGUCGUGUAUAUAUUAAGAAAAGAGCAUCUCAUCCUGCGGUAAAACACCUUUUUGAACAAGGAAUAAUGAUUUACGCGUUGGGAGUUAUAGUUUGGUUGGUAGAUAUGCAUUUUUGUGAUUUCGUGAAUGGAUCUUUCUUGCCUUUUAAUCCUCAAUUGCACGCGUUUUGGCAUAUUUUUGCAAGCACUGGGUUAUAUUUUUUGGUUACAUUGAUCUUGUAUAAUUGGUAUUAUGAGAAUGGAACUAAAUGUAGAAUUGAAUAUAGAUUUGGUGGAAUU